AAAUGGGAUUUUUUGCAUACUUGUAAUAUCUACUUCCACUCUGAAAGCCUCAUGGCUGCCGUCUGAGAUUACGACUAUCGCCUCUUCUUUAGUUCUCUCUUUUAAUGCAGGUUUCUUUUUCAGUCUAUGGAAUAAUUUCACUAGUUGGAUAUUGUUAAAAGUGGGCAACAAUGGGGGUUGGUGACGACAUCGCACCACGUUUCACCCAGAAACCAGUUCUUAAACAGGAGGAUAAUGGCGCAAAGCUGGUGUUUCAGUGUACUCUGGAGGCUUCCCCUAAACCGGAUAUUCAGUGGUUCCAAGGGACAUCACCAAUCUCGCAGUCCAAUAGGAUUAAGAUGCGCGUGGAACCCGCCGGGGGCAACAAAUACAAUGUGAUGAUGGACAUUUUAGGUGUCACUGCUGCGGACGCUGGGACGUACAAAGUGGUGGCCAAAAAUAAAUUAGGGGAAGUGUCGGCCUCUAUCAACCUUAACUUUAGUGGUAGUCAAAAACAACAAGAUGGAAUUGCUCCAAACUUUAUACAGAAACCUGUCACCAAACAAGCAGAUAAUGGUAAAAAGCUGUUGUUUGAAGGUCAACUCACGGCAGACCCCGCCCCUCAGAUUACUUGGUUCAAGGACGAACAGCAAAUUACACCUGGAGGUCGCAUUAAGAUUCGAACAGAUCCACAACCUAACAAGAAAUACCUCUUGGUACUAGAAAUUAAUGAUGUGAAUGUAAAAGACGCUGGAAACUACAAAGUUACUGCAAAGAAUGCUUUAGGAGAAAGCAAUGCUACUAUCAGACUCAAUUUUGAUACUGACGAAUCAAAGAAGCCACAAGGACAGCCACCUAAAUUUACAACCAAGCCGACAAUUCGACAGGAUGGUGGCAAGAUCAUUUUUGACUGCAAACUCACAGCAGACCCCAAACCCACCAUCACUUGGUACAAGGGAAGUGAAGUUCUAAAGGAAGGGGGUCGAUACAACAUGAAAAUGACCUCAGACAAGAACACCCACAGUGUUUCCAUGGAGAUAUCUGGUGGGGGGAUGCAAGAUGGAGGGGAGUACAAGGCAGUGGCCAAAAAUAACCUUGGAGAAUCCACAGCAACUAUUACAUUGAACUUUGAAGGAAAAAAGCCUCCGCAAGGCAAAGCACCUCAUUUCCUGUCAAAACCAACCAUCAAACAAGAGAGAAUGCAGCUCUUAAUGACCUGUAACGUGGAGGCCAAACCAGAACCUAAGCUAUCUUGGUUCAGGGACAAUACCGAAAUCACCCCUGGGGGACGUUACAUCAUUGCUCUGAAAAAAGACGCCUCGGGACCAGACAGAUAUGUCGCCACACUUACCAUCAAGGAUCCAAAAGCGGAUGAUGGCGGUCAGUAUAAAGCUACAGCUGUCAAUGAAUUGGGAGAAUCCAAUGCUACAAUCACCCUUAACUUCCAAGUUCGACACGGCCUGGCAGUAGCGAUGAUUAUCGGUAUGGAUAAACCAAAAGGAACACCUCCGACCUUUAAGGAGAAACCCAAGGUCACUCAGAAGGACAAGAACCUUAUCAUUGAAUGUAACUGUAAUGCUAGUCCUAAACCGACCUUGACCUGGUACAAGGAAACACAGGUCCUGAACCAGGGCCCACGCUACAAGAUGCGCUCCACAGAAAAAGGAAAUGAUUACACCUUUUACCUUGAUAUUUUGAACUUCUCAGCUGCUGAUAGUGGGAACUACAAGGUUAUUGCUAAGAAUGAUGCUGGGGAAGGCACAGCCACCAUAAACAUCAAUCUAGAACCACCCAAGGAGAGCCCGCCUUCCAUCAAGGACAUGCCAAAUGUCCGACUUCUAGACAAUGGCAAGAGACUGCUCUGUGACAUGAGAAUCAACUCCAAGACCAAACCCACUGCCAUGUGGUAUUUUGGAAAUUCCCCUCUCAAGUCUGGUGGUCGCUACAAGCUGGAUGUGAAGGAGGAAUCUCCAGGGGUUUUCCUCAUCUUUUUGGAAAUUGCCAAUCCAACUGAUGCAGACUCUGGUGAUUACAAGUGUGUUAUCAAGAAUCCAUCAGGAGAAAUUACAUCUACUGCUAAAAUCAACAUGAAAGCUCUUCAACCACAAAUAAAAGGUGAGGGUGCCAAUUUCACACAGAAGUUGACCCCUAAAACAGUGACAGAGGGUGAAGCUCUGGAUCUGAUCGCCAAGGUGACUGGAACUGAACCAAUCACAGCCACCUGGACAAAGGAUCGUAAGCCAAUCAAACCUUCCGAUGGAUACAAGAUAACCUAUGAAAAGGGCACCUGUCGGCUUUAUAUAGCAGAUGUCAAGCCGUCUGAUUCUGGUGAAUUCAAGGUGGAAGUAAAGAACCAGUUUGGGUCUGCCUUCUGUUCUGCUAGUUUGGGAGUCAAAGCUGCACCAAAGAAACCAGAAGAAAAGAAACCAGAGGAAAAGAAACCAGAAGAAAAGAAAGUUGAGAAAAAAGAAGAACAACAAAAAGUUGAAGAACGUAAGGCUCCAGUAAAGCCUAAGGAAGAACCUAAGGCUCCUGAAAAGCCUAAGGAAGAACCUAAGGCUCCAGUAAAGCCUAAGGAAGAACCUAAGGCUCCAGAAAAACCUAAGGAAGAACCUAAGGCUCCUGAAAAGCCUAAGGAAGAACCUAAGGCCCCAGAAAAGCCUAAGGAAGAACCUAAGGCUCCAGAAAAACCUAAGGAAGAGCCUAAGGCUCCAGAAAAACCUAAGGAAGAGCCUAAGGCUCCAGAAAAACCUAAAGAGGAGACUAAGCCCGAAGCCCCCAAAAUUGUUAUUGAUGAUGAAGAAGGAACACCUGAAAAGAAUGGGGAAUAUGAAACACAAGGACCCAAGAGAAUUGUGGUAAAAAAGAAACAAGGUGCAGAACCUCCUAAAAAGAUUGAAGGACCAACUCACAAAUUCAAAGGGAAGCCCUCCAAUCAGAGUGUGGAAGAAGGAAAUGACAUUUCGUGUAAGUUGGACAUUGAAGUUCUGCCUGAUGCCCCUGCUCCCGAAGUCCGCUAUCUUCGAGGAGGCCGAGAACUAAAGAACGACAGUCGUACCAAGAUCGUCACCAAGGGAGACAAGAGUUCCAUCCAAAUCAGACGAUCACGAUUCACAGACGAGGCCAAGUAUACGGCUAUUUUGGAACAGGAUGGAGUUCCAGUUGAUGAGGCAACUUGGAGCGUGUUUGUCAAAGAUCCCAAAGACUCCCAGCUGGAUUACAGAAAUUUAUUGAAACACAGAGAUCACAAGAAAAAUGAAAAGGAAGAGGAAGACAUUGACUGGGGAUCACUUAAACCAGGCAGUAAUCAACAAAACCCUUCUCUUCAGUCAAAACCCCAAACCACGGUGGAUAAGAAAGGGCGACGCCCAUCAGAGAUAGAAAUGAUGAAAAAACAGCUGAAGAAGGUGCCAGGAAGUGACAGUGAAGAUGAAAAGGAUAAAGGAAGUAGGAGACAGUCGGUUGAAACACUCGAUAUUCCAAUUAAAAAACCAUCAGCUGACAAACUGGAGGCUAUAGACCAAAAACGUAGAUCCUCAAUGAAUCAGCGCAGAGCCUCUUUGGUAGAGCUCAUUCCUGACUGGCCAACUCUUCAGCAUAGGGAGGUCAAAAAAGAGGAACCAGACAAGUUUAUACAAGAUCUGCAGGACAUGAAAAUCAAGGAAGGCACGAAGGAAUGUGUAUUCCAGUGUGAAUUCUGUAAACCCAAUGCCAAAAUCAAAUGGUUCAAAAACAAACUGGAAAUUUUCAGUGGUCACAAAUAUCACUUCAAAAACGAGGGCAACAUCUAUAAACUUAUACUUAAUAAUGUCAAACUGGAAGAUGGAGGAAAGUACACAUUGGAAUGUAAUGGUGUCAAAACAUCCGCUUGGUUGUAUGUAGAAGCCAAGGAACCUGAGUACUUUUUCACCCAGAAAUUACCUGAGAAAUACUCUGUCACCAGAAGAAAAGAAGCUGUCCUAGAAUGCUUCAUCUCUGACCCAAGGGCAAAGGUCAAAUGGUACCGUAAUGGAGAACAUAUUGAUUACACACCUGGAAAAUUGGAGAUCCAAAGAAGAGAGAACCGCUGUAUCCUGAGGGUCAAAGACGCACAGCCCGAGGAUGAGGCCGAGUUCAUGUGCGAGUGUGGUGCCGCCACCACUGCCUGUAAACUCAAGGUCGAAGAACCUGAGUGGGACUUUAUGAAGCUGUUAGAGGAUGUAGAGGGAGUGGAACGUGAUAAGGCCGUGUUUGAGUGUGACGUCAACGACCCUGAGGCUGAGGUCACAUGGUGGAAAGGAAACAAGGAGCUGAGUGGAGGUGGAAAAUAUGAGAUCCAGAAAGACAACUUCAAACGUCGACUCGUGGUCAAGAAUUGUCACAUGAAGGAUGAUGGAGAAUACACCUGUAAAGUCUUGGAUAAAUCAACCACUGCCAACCUCUUUGUGGAACCUGACAUCAAAUUCUUCAAGAAGCUGGAAAACAAGAAAGAGAGGGAAACAGGAACAUUAGUGUUAGAGUGUAAAGCUUCUAAUCCACACAACCAGCCUGUCAAAUGGCUGAAAGAUGGCUUCCCCAUAAACAAGGAUGAUUCGAGAAUAGAGGUAACCAGGAAGGGUGAGAUGCAUAAACUUGUCAUCACAAAUCUGAAUCGCGAUGAUGCUGGCCAGUACACAUGUCAAGUUGGAGAGAGACCAACCAAGGCUGAUGUUGUUGUUGAAGAAUUGCCAAAACCACCAAAAGUGGAUCCCAAAUACAUCCCAGAAGAAAUUGUUGUCAAAAAAGGAGAGUGCAUUGAAUUGGAAAUUCCAUAUGUUGGUACACCUAAACCUGUUGCUCAGUGGAAGAAGGAUGGUACAGGCCUCAGUGAAGCUGAUACUGACAUACAAACAACAGACAGAUCAGCUAAACUCAGGAUUCCUGAUGCUCAGAGAAGUGACACUGGGGAGUACGAGCUGACACUCACCAAUGAAGUGGGAUCUGAAAUCAUUCCUGUUCCCGUUAGAGUUCUGGAUCGUCCUGGUAAACCUGAGGGUCCCUUGGAUGUUGUGGAUGUGUAUUGUGACCGAUGUUCACUGCUGUGGGACAGACCCAAGGAUGAUGGUGGCAGCCCCAUCAAGCAUUACGCAGUGGAGAAGAAAGAUGCCGCCAAGGAUACUUGGGAGGAUGUGUGCACCACAGAGGACUUAGAGAUUGAUGUCACUGGACUCAAGGAAGGUCAUCGCUACCAGUUCCAAGUUAAGGCAGUUAAUGCUCAAGGAAUUAGUGACCCUCUUGUGGCUGAUGGUGAAAUCAUUGCCAAGGAUCCUUGGGAUCCAUCUGAUCCCCCGGAGAAACCAGAGAUUAUUGACUAUGAUAAGGAUUAUGUAGAGAUCUCCUGGAAACCCCCACGCAAUGACGGAGGGGCUCCUAUUGAAAAGUACAUCAUUGAGAAGAAAGAGAAAGGAUCUGAUAAAUGGGAAAAGGGCGUAGAAGUGGAUGGCAAUGAUACUACAGGGACUGUAGAGGGACUGACAGAAGGAAAGGAAUAUGAGUUCCGUGUCCUGGCCAAAAAUCGUGCUGGCCUAUCACAGCCCAGUACAGUGUCACCUCCUGUUGUCACAAAGGCUCGCAGAGUCAAACCAAGAAUUAUGGACAAAAACAAAUUGUUACCAAUCCGAAUCAAGAGAGGUCAGCCAUUUAAUAUUGAUGUCAGCUACAUUGGAGAACCUACACCAACUAUCACAUGGAAGAGAAAGACACUGGAUAUAGACUCAGAUUCAGAUACAGAAAUAGACUUUAAGGAAGGCAAAGAGGAGGAGAUAACACCCGAUUCUAACGUACGCAUCGACAACAGCACGCCAAAGAAGACAAGUCUCAAAUACACAUCAGGGGAUCGAAAGGACACUGGUGAAUACACAGUGAUAGUAGCCAACAAACAUGGCUCAGACGACGCCAACAUUGAAGUUGUUGUUCUUGGUCCACCUACUAAGCCAAAUGGACCUUUGAUUGUGGAUAAUGUUACCAAGGACACUGCUACCCUGAGCUGGAAGGAGCCCACAGACACUGGUGGCAAUCCCAUCAGUGGCUACCGAGUGGAAAAGAAGGACACACAAAAAGGGAGAUGGGAACCAGUCAAGGAUAAUAUUAGUGGAAGUCCAUUUACCGUCCCCAAACUCACCGAAGGACAUGACUAUCACUUCAGAGUGUCUGCCGUCAAUGAGAACGGGGAAUCAGAGUUCUUGGAAACAGAUUUUGCUAUCACUGCCAAAAAUCCAUUUGAUGAGCCCUUCCCUCCAAGUCAGCCCAAAUGUAUUGAACAGGACAAGGAUCACAUUGUCAUCGCCUGGGAACCUCCGGAGAAUGAUGGUGGAAAUCCAGUCAAGGGGUACAUAGUGGAGAGAAAGGAACCCAGGUCCAACAGAUGGACGCCAAUCAACAGAGGACUUGUUCCCGACUGUGAGUUUGAAGACGAGAAGGUGACAGAAGGGAAGGAAUAUGAAUACAGAAUUCUGGCCGUCAACGAUGCUGGAAAUUCUGAACCUAGUGUACCAUGUAAACCAAUCACUGCCAAGCCUACCAAAGAGGCUCCUAAAGUUAACCUAGAUGCCUUGUUUGGUGCUAAAGAGAUUCGAGUCAAGGCUGGAGAGCCACUGACUAUUCCAAUAGGAAUCUCUGGUGCCCCAACCCCAACGUGUUCCUGGAAUAAGAAUGGAGGUCCAGUGGAUAACAGGGCCCAAUGCACCAGCAAUGAAGAUGAGGCUAAACUUCACAUUCCAAAAUGCGAGAGGAAGGAUACCGGCAAAUACACCAUCACUGUGUCCAACCAGUACGGCACACAGUCCGCUGAUAUCCCUGUAGUGGUCCUUGAUAAGCCUGGUGCCCCAGAGGGACCCCUGGAGGUCUUUGACUUGAUGGCCGAUUCCUGUAAACUCUCCUGGAAACCACCUCUGGACAAUGGAGGAGCUGAAAUUACUGGCUAUGUUGUUGAGAAACAAGAAGAAGGUUCGCCAACUUGGGAGAAGGUGACAGGACUGGGAUCAGGAACCACUAUGCCAGUCAAGGGUCUGAAGGAGGGCAAAAAAUACAAAUUCCGUGUCAAAGCUGAAAAUAUCUAUGGAGCUGGAGAACCUUUGGAAACACACAGACCUAUUGUUGCCAAGAAUCCAUUUGACACUCCUGAUGCUCCUAAGAAUCUCCAGAUUCCCAAUUAUGAUAAGAGAUCAUGUGAUCUGACAUGGGACAAACCCGAUUCUGAUGGAGGAAAUCCCAUCUCUGGGUAUGUUGUUGAGAAGAGAAGUAGGGGAGGUGACUGGGUACCAGUUAACAACUUCCCAGUGAAGGAAAAUAAGUUCACUGUCAUGGGUCUUCAGGAGGGAACUGUUGUAGAAUUCAGAGUGGCAGCAGUUAAUGAUGGAGGACCAGGAAAAUUCAGCAAGGCGACGCCCCCACAUCAAGUCAGGGACCAAGUCUUCCCUUCUGGAGCCCCAGGACAACCAAAUAUCGACAAGAUCACCAAGGACUCUGUAGACCUUUCAUGGAUUAAACCAGCUAAGGAUGGUGGCAAAAAACCAACUUCUUACAUCAUUCAGAAGAAAUCCAAGGGAGGCGACUGGGAGGAUUGUAAGGAGGUGCCUGGUAAUGAGACGAGGUGCACGGUACCUAAUCUGAAGGAGAAGGACGAGGUGCAGUUCCGUGUGAUCGCAGUGAACGAGGCCGGUCAAGGGGAGCCCAGCAGGCCUACCAACAUGAUCACUGUGGAACAACAACCAGAAAGGCCAAACUUGAGCAUGUCUGGCGUGAAGGACAUCAAUGUAAAAGCUGGACAGCACUUCCAGAUCGAAGUUCCAUACACAGGAUUCCCCAAACCAAAGGCUGUAUGGAUGAAUGGAAACAAAGAGAUUGAAGAUGACAUGCGUGUACAUUUGAAAGUGGCUGCUGAUCAUGUUACCCUUACAAACACAAAGGCUGAGAGAGGAGACGCUGGUAGAUACAGAUUGACACUGAAAAAUCCAUCAGGACAGGACUCUGGCUCUCUUAAUGUCAAUGUUAUAGAUCGCCCCGCAGCUCCUAAAGGGCCCCUGACUGCUGUUGACAUCAUGGGAGAAGAACUGACUCUUCAAUGGAAUGCUCCUGAUGAUGACGGAGGAGAAAAGAUCAAUAAUUACAUUCUGGAGAAACGCAAAGCUGGCAGCAAGAAAUGGCAGAAGGUGUCCAGUUUUAUAAAUACUCCAGAAUGUAUUGUCAGGAAUCUCGAGCCUGGUACUGAGUAUGAGUUCCGAGUGAUGGCAGAAAACAAGCUUGGAGUCAGUGAUGCUUUAGAAACAUCUGAACCAGUUUUGGCUAGAUUGCCUUAUGAUACUCCUGGUGCCCCAGGCACUCCUAAAUGCUCAGCUUACACCCCUGAUUCUAUCACCCUGGAAUGGAGUCCACCUCUGAAAGAUGGAGGGAACCCCAUCAAAGGAUAUCAGGUGGAGAAGAGGGAAGUUGGGGAGAAAAAGUGGACCAAAGCAAACUUUGCUGAUGUUUUGGACAACGAGUUCACAGUGAAGGGUCUGACUGAGGGUAAAGAAUACGAGUUCCGUGUGGCGGCUAUUAAUAAUGCUGGACUGGGAGACUUUGCUGAAACAUCAGAUGCUAUCAAGGCUCAGCAACCUCCAGUUGCACCAAAAGUCAGUCCAAACUUCCUUCCUAAGGAUAUCACUGUCAAGAGAGGAGAAGAGUUUAAGAUUGUUAUUCCUUAUGAUGGUAAUCCUAUUCCUAAAGCAGACUGGUCUGUGGCUGGUAAACCUCUCUCCCAAGGUGGUCGUGUGAGUUUUGAGAACACCCCUACAGAAAUCAAGCUGUUCAAUAAAGCAGCUGAAAAAUCAGAUUCCGGAAGAUAUAGUGUCCUCCUGUCAACAGACAAGGGCAGCGACUCUGCCUCUAUCAACGUUAAUGUCGUCGAUUCCCCCACUAAGCCUGAGGGACCACUGGAGGUUGGAAGCAUCACCCCUGACUCCUGUGUCCUCACCUGGAAUGCUCCAAAGGAUGAUGGAGGAAGUCCGAUUUCUAACUAUGUUGUUGAGAAGAUGGAUCUUGACACUGGAAAGUGGGAACCAGUCAGCAAAUUUGUACGGGGUACCAACUAUGAAGUAAUGGGUCUCACUGAGGGACAUGAGUACAAGUUUAGGGUUUCAGCGGAGAACCAGUUUGGUGUCAGUGAACCACUGGAAACCUCUCUUCCUAUUGUGGCUCAGCAUCCAUACACACGCCCUGAUCCUCCUGGACAUCCCAGUGUGUUAGACAUUGACGAAGCUUCUGUUACUCUGUCUUGGACCAAACCAAGAAAUGAUGGUGGAAAGAAGAUCAUAGGAUAUGUCGUGGAAUACAAAGACCCCACCACUGGUCGCUGGAAGGAAGCUAACGACUACCCAGUGGAUGAAUGUGUUUAUCAGGUGAAGGGAUUGAAGAAGGACAAGGAAUAUGAUUUCCGCAUAAGGGCAAAGAACAUCGCAGGCCUCAGCGAGCCUAGUGAUAUGGUCGGUCCCAUUACUCCUAAGCCUAAAUACACCAAGGCAUCUCCACCAGGAGUACCAGAGGCCGUCAACACUGGCAAAACAUAUGUUGAUCUUAAAUGGGAGCCACCUAAACAUGAUGGUGGAGCUAAAAUUACAGGCUAUCUUGUUGAGAAGAGACCAAAGGGAGCAGAGAUGUGGUCCAAGUGUAAUGACUACCCCUGCACUGACCCUGCUUUUACUGUCGCCAACCUUCCCGAGGACUCAGAGUGGGAGUUUAGAGUUAUGGCUGUUAAUGCUGCUGGAAAUAGUGAACCCAGUCUGUGCUCACCAGCAUACAAGAUCAAGGAAAAGAUUGUUGGCUCAGCCCCAGAAUUUAUCAAGAAGCCUGCAGACAGCAAGGCACCUAUUGGAGGAGAAGUUUCCUUCACGGCUGAGGUUCAUGGCAAACCUUUCCCUACUUGUCAGUGGUACAAGAAUGGCAUUCCUGUGGGCACUGGUGGCCGUAUGAGAAUGAUUAAAGAGGAUGACGUCUUUAUUUUCGUUAUUAAUGAAAUUUAUGAUAAAGACGAGGGAGAAUUUACCUGUGAAAUUUCAAACCCACUUGGAUCAGAAAAAGCAACUUGUCGAUUAGAACUUCAAAAUCCACCCAAAUUUGACAGAGACAUCAAAGACCAGAAUGUAGAGCUUGGAGAACAACUCAAGAUUAAGAUUCCUUACUCAGGCACUGGACCAUUCGAUAUCAAACUCAAGAAAGAUAAUCGUGAAGUGAAAGAAAGUGACAGGGUGAAGAUCACACCAUUUGAUGAUUACUUAAUACUAAUAAUCAAAGAUUGUACCAGAGAUGACACAGGUAGAUACCAGUUGGAGGCCAGCAAUCCUUCUGGAAGUGCUUCGAUUGGUUUUGGACUCAAUGUUGUCAGUGCUCCUUCUGCCCCCACUGGACCUUUGGAAAUCAGUGACAUUACAAAGAAUGCCUGCAGAUUGUCUUGGAAACCUCCCAAGGAGACAGGCGGUGCCAAGAUAACUGGUUACGUUGUUGAACGUCAGGAAGUGGGCAAACCUUACUGGGUCACUGUAUCCUCCCACUGUAGGGACACUCACCAAGAUGUCCAAGGCCUGUUUGAAAAUGAGAAGUAUUUGUUCAGGGUCAUGGCUGUGAAUGAGCAUGGACAAUCGGAACCUCUGCAAGCUGAGAAUCCUAUUGUAGCUAAAAUGCCAUUUGAUGCACCAGAUACUCCUGGCACCCCUGAAGUCACAGAAGUGGGUGGAGAUUUCGUUAGCCUCAAAUGGGAUAAACCUAAGUCUGAUGGAGGGGGAAGGAUCAAGUCUUACUGGGUUGACAAACGUGAGCAUGGAACCGAAAACUGGCAUCGUGUCAAUCUUACUCCCUGUCUUACAAACAUGAUCAAUAUUCCAAACCUUAUCGAGGAUAAAAGAUAUGAAUUCCGAGUGUUUGCUGAGAAUGAAGCAGGAAUGAGUAAACCAUCACUAGCAUCCACCAGUGUGAAAAUCAAGGAUCCUCAUGCUGCUGUAGCCCCUGAGAUUGUAGAAGGUCUUAGAGACAUUCAGACAGUGGCUGGCAAAAAUGCCACCUUUGAGCUGGAAGUCUCUGGCAAUCCCAAACCAGAGGUUCAAUGGUACAAAGGAUCUCGAGAAAUCUAUGAUGAUAAGAAGUUUGAGAUCAUUGAAGAAGGAAAUCUUCAUAUAUUGUCUAUCAAGGAUGUAUACGGAGAGGAUGCUGAUGAAUAUUCUGCUAAAGUCUUCAACAAAGGUGGAUCUAAGGUGUCAAGGGCCAAUUUGAGCAUCAGAGCUCCACCCAAAAUUAAUGUACCAUCCAGAUUUAAGGACGUCAGCACAUUCGAGAAGGGAGAGCCAGUUGUCAUCAAGAUACCAUUUACAGGUAACCCCAAACCGACCGUAAAAUGGGUCAGAGAUGGAGAGGAGGUCAAGGGCCGUAACUACGUUCAGGAAGUGACUGACCGCCAUGCCAUUCUGACCAUCAAGGAGGCUAACAAGGAUAAUGAUGGUCCUUACAGACUGACCUUGGAGAAUGAACUUGGAACUGACACAGCUGUUAUUAAGAUCCAGGUCAAUGAUCGUCCUGACCCACCACGAUUCCCUGUGGUGGAGAACAUUAGAAGUGACUCUGUGGUCCUCUCCUGGAAGGCACCACUGAAUGAUGGUGGUAGCUUUAUCACUGGAUAUGACAUUGAAAAAUGUGAACCACCAGGAACUAACUGGGUCAGAGUGGCUAACACAAGGAUGACCUUCCACAACAUUCAGGGUCUGUCAGCUGGUAAGGAAUACCAAUUCCGAGUCAUCGCUGAGAACUUCUACGGCAAGAGUGACCCUUGUGAGCCCACAUCUACCAUCAAAAUGGAGGACUCUGAGGACAAGAAGAGAAAGAAGCAUGAAGAUGAGAUGGGAAGAAAAGUCAGAGGAAAAUAUGAUGGUCCCAAGAUUAAUGACUACGACAAAUUCUAUGAGGAUUUGUGGAAAAAGUAUGUACCCCAACCAGUCCAGGUCCGAACAGACAAUGUGUACGAUUAUUAUGAUAUUCUGGAGGAACUCGGCAGUGGUGCUUUUGGAGUAGUCCAUCGUUGUGUUGAGAAGGCCACUGGCCGAGUGUUUGUGGCCAAAUUUAUCAACACUCCUUACCCACUGGACAAGGCUACAGUCAAAAAUGAAAUCAACAUCAUGAACCAGCUUCAUCAUCCUAAACUCCUUCAACUCAAGGAUGCAUUUGAUGAUCGUCAUGAAAUGAUCUUAAUCUUAGAAUUCCUGUCUGGGGGAGAGUUGUUUGACAGAAUAGCUGCGGAGGAUUACAAGAUGACUGAGGCUGAGGUGAUAAACUACAUGAGACAAGUCUGCGAGGGACUCAAACACAUGCACGAGAACAGCAUUGUCCAUCUUGACGUCAAGCCUGAAAAUGUGAUGUGUGAAACAAAGAAGUCCACCAAUGUGAAGAUGAUUGACUUUGGCUUGGCCACCAAACUGAAUCCUGAUGAGAUAGUUAAAGUGACCACAGCCACAGCAGAGUUUGCUGCCCCUGAAAUUGUAGACUCAGAACCCAUUGGUUUCUACACAGAUAUGUGGGCUGUUGGAGUGCUGGCUUACGUACUGUUGAGUGGAUUAUCUCCCUUUGCUGGUGAAGAUGAUUUGGAGACUCUACAGAAUGUAGGUCGCUGUGACUGGGAGUUUGCUGAGGAGGCUUUCUCUCAAGUCUCUCCUGAGGCCAAGGACUUCAUUAGGAGACUCCUCGUCAGAAGGCCUCAAGAAAGAAUGACUGUCCAUGACUGCUUAGAUCAUGCAUGGCUGAAGGGUGAUCUUAGCAGUAGGACUACCAGAAUUCCAUCUAGUCGUUAUGAUGCAAUCAGAGCCAGGAUCAAGGAACGAUAUGCUGACUGGCCACAACCUAUGCCAGCUAUCGGACGCUUGGCUAACUUCAGCUCCCUCAGGAAACAUCGUCCCAAGGAAUACAACAUCUAUGAUGCCUACUUUGAUCGCAAGGAGGCUGCUCCAAGGUUUAUCAGGCGUCCAAGAAAUGUUAUUGUUGGAGAAGGCAAUAUUGCUAAGUUUGACUGUAGAAUUAUUGCUGCCUCUGCGCCCAUUGUCACCUGGCAUUUUGAUGGAGGUGCUCUUUCUCAGAGUGUGAAGCACAUGCAGAAAUAUUCGGGCACCGAGUACGAGUUAAAGGUCAGUCGGUGCAAGAAGGAGGAUGCUGGAACUUAUACUGUUAUAGCCGAGAACUCGUUUGGAAAACGUGAAGAGAAGGCAUCACUCAAAGUAGAACCUGCUCCUAAGAGAGAGAUUCCCCUCAGCAGGGAUACCACACCAAUGCGCAGAUCCAGACCACCGUCCAUGGUGAGAGAGAUAGAGAAACCAAAAGAGGAACGGCCUGACUUCAACUUUGGCCUGCGUCCUCGUCUGAUCCAGGCUGGACAGGAGUUUAAACUUAUCUGUUGUGUUCAGUGUACACCAACACCAAAGGUGACCUGGACAAAGGAUGGUCGUGACAUCACCCACAGUGACCACUACUUGUGUACAUAUUCCAGUGGUGUGUGUACAAUGGAAGUACAGUGUGCACAUGUGUCAGACACCGGAACGUACACAUGUAUUGCUGUCAAUGAACUUGGAACAGAGGAAACAUCCAGCUACGUUGUUGUAGAAGACCGAGCUCAUGAGGGACUUGACUUGAGGAAGAGUGCUAAAUCUCGCAGUGUACGCCAGACAAAAUCUGGUUACAGCAGUCGAUAUGAGGAUUCCAGCUACAGCGAAUCUUCCUACUCCUCAUCCACGAAGACAAGUCGCUCCUCAAGGAAAUACACUGAAGAAACUGUCGAGGAAAGCUCCUAUUCCUCCAGGCGAUCUGACCGCUCAGAGAGGAAAAAGAGAGAGGAACCAGAAGAAGUAGCCCCUGCCUUUACAUCAAACCUGUCCCCAGAAAUUCUUAAGGAAGGAGAUCGCUUAAAGCUGACCUGCUCAGUCAAAGGAACCCCAGACCCAGACAUUGAGUGGUACUUCAAUGGACAGCUGUUAAAGAGUGGUGGUUCUGUGAAGAUCAGGAACAUUGCUGGUAGCUGUUCUUUAGAAAUUAACGAGGUUUCAAUGGAUGAUGACGGAACCUACACGUGUAAAGCCCUCAACUCAGCAGGAGUAGCGUCCACUAAAACUAGUGUACAAGUCACUGCCAAGCCACAAGAGAAAUUAGCUGAACCUCCCCGGUUUAUUACCCACCCCUUAGGUCUAAGAUUAAAAGAUGGCGACCCAGCCACAUUAGAAUGUCAAAUUUCAGGCUCACCUGAGGUUAAAUGGUACAAAGGUCGAGAACAAAUCAUGGACAGCGAAGACUUCCGUUAUGAAAACGAUGGUGACACAUACAGACUGGUAAUAGCUGAAGUGUUCCCUGAGGACAGUGGAAUGUACAAGUGUGUGGCUGAAAAUGAGGCUGGCUCCACCUCUAGCAGCUUCACUGUUUUCGUAGAAGUGCCUGAUGAGGAACCCCAAGGUCCCCAAUUUAAGAAAUUCCCCCAAUCCAGAACUGUAGAUGAGGGAUCCUCCUUCACAGCCACUGCUAAUUUAGACGAUGUGGAAUCUGUUGUUUGGACCAAAGAUGGUCGGGAAAUAGAAGACACAGGUAGAUUCAAAUUCAGCCAAGAUGGUAACUCUUUCACCUUUGAGAUACCUGCAGCACUGGCAACAGAUUCUGGUGUUUACUGUGCCAAGGCAACAAGUAGUAAAGGAAAGGCCGAGUGGCAGUUCACACUCGUAGUGCGAGUAAGUUCUUCCCCUUGUGCUGAUAUUGAUGUUCUGCAACUGAUCAAGUCAAUGCAGCAAUGAAGUUUCUGAUAGUUAUCAUCAUAGACAUUGUCCACUUGUUUGCCAAAAGUCAUGGAUUCCAUCCACGUGAUCAUCAAUUUGGUGAACCAGUUUAGGGUCUUUCUGAUAAUGGGAACCAGAUGACCGUACAGAAAGACAGAAUAAUACCAAUAUGACUGUGCAAAUAUUGGCUGCAGACUUUGGCUUGUUUUGACUUGCAUUGGAGAUUUUCAAAUCAAUUCUAUCUGAUGAACUCUCAUCAGAAAUUCACAGACAGUUGAAUGAGUUGAUAAAUGUGGAAUGUUAUUCUCAUAAAAUGUGUUUUUUUUUCUAUUUUAUCAUAUACAGAUUAAAUUUUAAUAUAUUUAAAUAUUGUUGAAUAUAUGAAAAACCAUUUACGUCUUUCAUUAUCGGUUUGAAGAGUUAAACUAUAUUUUCAUUGUAUAUUUUUUAUUUAUUUUAAUGGACAUAGCCCUGUUCAACAGUAGACUAUUUUUUAUUUAUUUGUCAGUUACAUAAAACAGCACACCAACUUGAUAAAUAUCUGAGAGAAUCUUGUUGUAUGAGGAAUGAAAAUCUUAUAAUGUAUGAAUUGACAUUCGAUCUGGCUUGUGAUUUUUCGAAGAAAAGUUCACCAGUAGCUAUUAAAAUUUAAUGCUUAGAGUGAUGUGCUAAUCCCUUCUAGAUUCUUGUGCAGAAUAAACCAAGUACACAGCAUAUUUUAUAGACAAAGGAAAUAUCAUCAAAAUUGUUGCCCACUGUCAAAGGUAGAUAAUUGCUGUUGUACAUGGAAUUUCUCCAUUAGGAAUCUUGUAUCAGUUUCCUCCCCUGCUUUGUACUCCAUGACAAAUGUUCACAUAUAAAUGCUGUUUUCCACAAAA